UACACAGGACCAAGGCUAAAGAAUUUUCCAUUGAAAUGUUGCUAUGACCAUUUGAUUCAUUGAUUUAACUAGUCCUGUUCUCUCCUGACUGACAACCACCCAGUUUUUCCCCCAACCUUUUCCCCACCAUUAUUUUUUGCCUCCAACAUGUUUUAACUCCUUAACCUACUUAUCCAUUUCUGUUCACGUCUUUUCUGCCUUACUCAUUUGCACACCUCACCUGUUUUCUUGCCUUCUUCCUCUUUCCAAGAUUUUCUACUCACCCUGCUGUUUUUAAUUUCUCCCUCUUUUUCCCACUGCUUCAUCAUUUUUUUCUAUUCUUCAUUUUUCAUCUAUCCCUCUAUAUUUUUCUCCACAGCUCCCUAUUUUCUACCCCCAUUCCAUUUUCAGACUCUUCAUAAUUUUCCUCCGUCCAGUGAUUUCUCCUGAUUCUUCACCCUCUCUUCUCCCAUUUCCACUCGUUCCUCAUUUUAUGCCAUUCUCCCCUUUCUGCCUUCCUAUCCCCAUCUCCUGAUUUCCUAAUUUUCCACCCCACCUCAUCUUCCCCCUCUAUUGCUUCACACCCACUUUUCCUUGACUUCUGUUUGCAUCUUUCCUCAUUUAUCCAGCUUUUUCUUCUGGCUUUUUCUCCUUGCCCAAUUUUUUUCACCCUUUAAAUAUGAGUUAAUCUGAUGCUCACUCUUUCUAAAUCCUCCAUACAUUAUUUCUGAAUCACUGUUGUACAUUGCACCUCAAACCAGCAACAUCUCAAUUUUUAAAAUGUUUAUCCCUGGUCUCAAAUCCCUAUGUUGUUUUGCUCCCUCGUAUCUUUGUAACCACCUGUGCAGCCCACUUGGAUUUUUAUACUCCUUCAAUUCUGCCCUAUUUAAUUGGAGGCACUUGGGCUGGAAGGGCCAGUGUACCUCAAAAUAAAUAAAUAAGCAAAAUUAUUCUUCUUUCUGUUACUGAUUUCCCUUGCAAUAACUCGAUGCACUUUUGUAAUGAAAUUAUCUAUUUGGAUGGCAUUCAGAAGUGACGAUAAUAAACCAUUUACCAUGCUGGAGGGGAUGUUCCUUGGAGCUUUACUGUUCUGCUUUCAAACUUGAGAAUUCCCUUGCUCUAUUUUUGAGCAUCUCUUCUUAUGCCUCCCUUAUGCAAGGAUCAAAUUCCGUAUGUUAAAGCGCCCACAGAGCCAGUUGAGCUAUUAUACUGCUUUAAACUACCAUGUAAAUACAGAUUGUUGUUAAUUGUAGUGCUUCCAUGAUUCUGUGUGAAAUCGGCUGUCUUGAGAGAUAACAGGGAUGGAAACCAAGGCCACUGUGAUUGAUUUCAGCUUGUGUUAUACCACAAACCAUACAGAGCUAGGGUUUUAUUUUUUAUUUCUUUGGAGCUACUGAAAUGAGAAGUCAUUUGUCAGUUUGGUAAGGCUUUUGGAAUUAUUUUCACGAUGCAUCAUACUUGAUUAGGGCUCUUAUUUGAUAGUCUGCUUGACUGAGCAUUUCAGUCAAUGUGGGGAAACCAUAACUUUUAUUUUUGUUGGAAUCAUGCAAAUAGAUGUUUAUUGACAUUUUCUAUAUUAUUGCAAAUAAUAGGAUUUGAGCUUGUGAUGUUUUUGCACUAGUUUGCAGUGUACUGCUCCGGAUAAACCCGAAAAAGCAGUGAAAUUCAGAAAUGUUUCAGCAAAUCUUCAUGGUUUCCUAAAUUUCACUUUACGUUUUAGAAAAAUGCUUUAACCGCAGAGCUUUACGCUGUUGACGUGAUUUAAGGUGCCCUGUUGUUUGAAAAGCUCGCGUUUUGUCGAAGUCCAUUCCCGCGGUUAGGUGGAGAUCCAGACCGGUGUUUGGAUCUCUCUCUCUCUUUCUGUCUGCCUCUUCCCCCGCCCCCGAGAGUCGGUGCUCGUACACGCCGGCUGGCGGAUUGCAAGUCGCUGCUCGGCUCAUUUGGGAAGAUGCUUGGCUCGGUGGGAGCCCGGAAAUAUUCUUUGAUUGUCCAGCGCUGCAGGUCGCAGGCGAGCGAUCUACCAUUGCACGUUUACAUGCCGGAGGAGGAGGGGAAUUAAUGGCAUUCAGUUCGGCCGCACGGGUUCUCCGCACACCUGAGCCCGUGUGCACGCUGCUCCCUGUGUGAGGUGGGUCUGUAUCCGCUCCGGCUGCUUGCCCGGUCCUCUGCUCGAAUAGGCAGGAGGUGGAGAGGAGUCAUGUACCUUCUCGAUAGCGAACCGUACCCCGAGAUGAUGAAGAGGGGCACUCCUCAGAGGAAGACGGUCUAUCGCAUCUCGCUCACUCUCGUCAAACGGGAGGCCACCCCGGCCGAGAGCGGGAGUCGAGCUCCUGCUUCCCCCCGACACCAGGGGGCUUCGGAAGCCGGUGGGACUCAGAGGCCCGGGAGCCUGUGCCCGGCCGAGGGCAGCGAAGCGGAGGAUGAAUUUGAGGCGCAGGGAAGCCUCCGGAGCUUUCGGACCUUCAGCACCGGGCACCUGGAACUGGGCAGACUAAAGGUGGCCAGGAGGUCCCGCGAUCAGGCGUGCAAACUCAAGGGCACGCCGACCAAAGACCUGGUCACCUUGAGGCGCAGAGAUGGAGCUUCAGUCAGACCCAGCAGCAUGCUGGCUGCCGUGGAUGUUGAGUUGAAGAACAAAAAAAAUUGGACCGAGCGAUUGGGAACAGGGACUGAAUCCAGAGAUCAGGUUCCUGGGCGAAAGAGCCCUAGCCAGGCAAAGGACGUUCAGGGUGGUGGAACUUGCCCCGAAGCAAGUGAACAAGGAGAUCCGACCAAAACCAUUCGUGGGAAGGAGGUCUCGCCAUCUUCGGAGCCCCCCGAUGCAGAGGCGCCUUUCCCCAGGAAAUCAGGCGGUAGAUCUGCUUUGAGGAAAAGCGAGGUAACCACGAAAAGGAAUUUAAAUGAUUCAUUGAAAAGCAUCUUGAAGGAUAAGGAGUUAGUGGCAAUAUCUUCGGAGCCUGAUUUUUCCAAGCAACCCAUUUCACGAGGAGAGCCUGGUUUAUUAUCAGUAGCCCCUGCAGGAGAUUCAUCCUUGGCUUCUGAAUCUUCUAGUGUCGAUGCUAUUAAGCAAACUCCGCCGUUAUCGUUAGCAACGGACAAAAGGCACCCGAGUUUACUCAGAAGAAGCUUCAGCUUCAGUUUCAGGCAUUGGAAUGGAGAGUUGGUGAGGUUUAAAGCGUUAUCAAAAGAGAAACAUCAUGGCAGCUCCAGCUGCCUCUCUGGCGUGGAAGCUGCGGGUGAAUUCAAAAUCCAAAAGCCGUAUUGUGGCGAGUCUUCAACGAGUGAGAAACGGAACACCUUGGACGUCGGAGAAGUUCUCAACAAAACGGACCCACUCUCUGAACAAGAGCGGUGGGAGAGGAGUAAAAGGAAGAACAGGACUUUAGACAACAGUGAUAUUCAUAAGCUCUCUGAAAACCGGGAAAUGGGAAAGGACGGUUUUAUAACAGGUGGCGUGAGAUCCAGUUCCCAAGAACACAAACUCUUCAGGUUUUUCAGCGGCAUUUUCUCCAAGCGCGACGGCACUUCAACACCUGUUACAAGUCCAUAUGGAAAAUCGCACAGAGAUUUUGUUUCCAAAUCCAGGGGAUAUCCCAGUAGCCACAAGAAAAGCGGCUCAACUCUUGAGCAGUCCAGCAGCGAGAGCAUUGAUGAAAAUACUUCUCAAAACGAUGCAUUUGUGAACAGCCAAGAGUGGACACUUAGCCGAUCUGUGCCAGAACUCAAAGUGGGGAUUGUGGGUAACUUAGCCAGUGGCAAGUCAGCCUUGGUCCACCGUUAUUUAACAGGAACCUAUGUGCAGGAGGAGUCACCUGAAGGUGGCCGCUUUAAGAAAGAGAUUGUGGUGGACGGUCAGAGUUAUCUUCUGCUGAUCAGGGAUGAAGGGGGCCCUCCAGAGGCACAGUUCGCAAUGUGGGUGGAUGCUGUUAUAUUUGUCUUCAGCCUGGAGGACGAGAACAGCUUCAACGCAGUCUACUACUACUACAGCAGGAUGGCUAAUUAUCGGAGCACCACAGAGAUCCCCAUGGUUCUGGUUGGAACGCAAGAUGCCAUCAGUACAGCCAAUCCACGGGUGAUUGAUGAUUCCAGAGCUCGUAAACUCUCCAACGACCUGAAACGAUGUACAUACUACGAGACGUGUGCCACCUAUGGCCUGAAUGUGGAGCGCGUCUUUCAGGACGUUGCCCAAAAGAUAGUAGCUACACGGAAGAAGCAGCAACUGUCCAUUGGACCGUGCAAGUCUCUGCCCAAUUCUCCGAGCCAUUCCUCUGUGUGUUCUGCACAAGUCUCCGCUGUUCACCUCAGUCAGACAAGUAACGGUGGAGGGAGUUUAAGUGAUUAUUCCUCUUCUGUCCCUUCCACACCAAGCACAAGUCAAAAGGAACUCCGAAUCGACGUCCCGCAAACAGCUAACACACCAACUCCUGUUCGAAAACAGUCCAAGCGGCGUUCUAAUAUAUUUGCUUCUCGAAAAGGAAGUGAUCUAGACAAAGAGAAGAAAAAUCUGGAGACCAGAGCAGACAGCAUUGGGAGUGGCAGAGCAAUCCCAAUUAAACAGGGAAUGCUGCUUAAGAGGAGUGGGAAGUCACUUAACAAAGAAUGGAAGAAGAAAUAUGUAACGCUGUGUGAUAACGGUCUCUUGACAUAUCAUCCUAGUUUGCAUGAUUACAUGCAAAAUGUCCACGGGAAGGAAAUUGAUCUCCUUCGGACUACCGUCAAAGUCCCAGGGAAGCGACCGCCUCGUGCCACCUCAGCUUGUGCUCCCAUUUCCAGUCCUAAAGCAAAUGGUUUGCCCAAAGACCUGAGCAGUUUGCAUAUUUCACAGAAUGCAGGUAAUGUGACCCCCACAGGAUCUGCAUCACAGAUGGCAAGUGGAAUCAGUCUGGUGUCCUUCAACAGCCGCCCUGAGGGAAUGCACCAGCGCUCCUACUCUGUGUCCAGUGCAGAUCAGUGGAGUGAAGCCACUGUCAUCGCCAACUCUGGCAUCAGCAGCGAUACUGGCCUGGGAGACUCUGUGUGUUCAAGCCCCAGUAUAUCAAGCACCACCAGUCCCAAGCUGGAGCCUCCACCUUCGCCCCAUGCCAACAGGAAAAAACAUCGCAGGAAGAAGAGCACCAGUAACUUCAAAGCGGAUGGCAUCACGGGCACAGCAGAAGCCAAGCGUAAAGCCUGGAAACUAAACCGUGUAGGUAGCUUGCGAAAUAUAUACAGCAGCAGCAGUACAAGCACCAACACAGAAGAGCAAGAAGAGAAUUUUGAGUUUAUAAUUGUGUCUCUCACGGGUCAGACAUGGCACUUUGAAGCUGCUUCUUACGAGGAGAGGGACGCAUGGGUCCAAGCGAUUGAAAGUCAGAUUUUGGCCAGUUUACAAUCAUGCGAGAGCAGCAAGAACAAGUCACGGUUAACAAGCCAGAAUGAAGCCAUUGCCCUUCAGUCGAUCAGAAAUAUUCGGGGCAACUCUCAGUGCGUGGACUGCGAAGCACUAAAUCCAGACUGGGCCAGUUUGAACCUUGGAGCUCUCAUCUGCAUCGAAUGUUCAGGUAUUCAUCGCAAUCUUGGCACCCACCUGUCACGUGUCCGCUCUCUUGAUCUUGAUGAUUGGCCGGUGGAACUCAUCCGAGUGAUGUCAUCCAUUGGGAAUGAAAUGGCAAAUGGCAUCUGGGAAGGAAGUGCUCAGGGACGUACCAAACCCUCACCGGAUUCCACUAGGGAGGAGAAGGAGCGCUGGAUCCGUGCCAAGUAUGAACAGAAGCUCUUUCUGGCCCCACUCCCGUGCUCCAACGUUGCCCUGGGACAGCAGCUGCUGCAUGCCACAGCCGAGGAAAACCUGCGGACAGUCAUCCUGCUCCUGGCCCAUGGUUCCAAGGACGAAGUAAAUGAGACUUUCGGAGAUGGCGAUGGACGCACGGCCUUACACCUAGCCUGUAGGAAGGGGAAUGUAGUCCUGACACAGCUACUGAUCUGGUACGGAGUGGACGUCAUGGCACGCGAUGUUCACGGAAACACUCCACUGGCCUACGCCAAGCAAGCAAUGAGUCAGGAGUGCAUUGACACUCUCCUUCAAUACGGCUGCCCUGAUGAACACUUUAUUCUGCUGGCGACUCCCAAUCUAUCCAGUAAGACCAACCGAAACAACAACAAUAACAACAACAGCAAAGGCAGACAGAUGGAGUUGAAACUGCCCACUGUCAUCUGAGCAAGAGUUCAAGUAUUUAGAGAGCAGCACUGAACCUCUCCCUUUACAGCCUCAUAUCUGUGAAACCUCAUUCCACUCCUGAUUAUGUUCUCGAAAGGAUGCAAAACCAUGAAGGCCUGACAAAAAUGGGGGAGGGGGGGUUGAAAGAGGGAGGGGGGUAAGAGACAAGCAGCCACAAAUCAGCUGAUUACCUGAAUGGCAUGAGGUCUUGUGCAGAUUGACUGAAAAAAGCAAGAUGCAGCACGCAUCAGGAAUUGCCCCAGUUCGAGGAUAACAGGUGGAGACUAUGAUCUGUAUUAAAAGCUCAUGGCCCAACUGGGUCAACAGGGCAGAGGACAUGGGGAAAAAUUGGAACUCUGGACGUUGACAAUUAAUUGUCAGUACAUUUCACCUCUACCAAAACAGGUUGAUUCAGCUCUUCUACGAAGGGCCCCCACUGACAUAAAUCAGGUGAGAGCGAGGAGUUUGUCAGGUUUGAAGCUCCAAUGAUGGUAUGUGUCAAAUCAGUUGUGGCUAAUCUGUCCAGGGAGAAUACUGGCUUCAUUACGCUUGUAUAGUUGAGUUCUUCCAGCAUUACCACUGUUUAAUAGAACAUGAUUAGUCAUCAUAGAGGAAAGCAUAUUAGCUGAGGAGGUAGUUACAUGGCACGGUUCAAUGACUGCUUGGAUGUGAUUGCAAUGUUCGCAGGAGCAGCACAUUAUCUCAGUCAUGCUCCUUCUAGUCCUCUGAGCCCUCCUCCCUAAAUCCAUUGUCAUAAUUUAGUGUCUAUUUAAUUUUCAGUCCUCUUCCUCGCCUCUCUUCACGAUGCAGCCUGUUUAGUAAACGGAGGCUGCUAGUUGCGAAGGGUCAGUCAGGUGCUGUGCUGGGAAGCAGAACUGUACCCUGUGUGUGAUUAAGCGGCUGGAAGCCUUGUACAGUGUGCUCGCUUGGAAAAAGAAAGGGGAUUGAUCAGUGCUAGCCUCAUCUCACAGUCACGGCCUUUCUGACCUGCACUACCAUUGGUAGCUUUUUCCAAAAUGGAUAGAUUUGCCACCUUGUUUUGUGAGGUAUUUCCAACAUGGUUCUCUGUCCCAUCUGUAAAUAUAAUGUAAACUCUGAUGCUAUAGUAUUUAUAUGUUGUACAUAAUAUUGUUCAUUCCAUUGAGAUUUUAGCCUUUUAUUCUGGAGUGGGAAGUGGGAGGGGAUUACUUGAAACUCAGAUUGGAUUUCUGUAUACCAGCCACUCUAAAAUGGGCACUCGUGUCUGUGAGUCACACUACUGGCUGUGUGUUGUUCUGGCUUUUUUUGGGGGGUGUCUGUUGGGGGGGGGGUGUCCGUGAAUGGGAGCAAACUGUGAGAAUGAUUUGGGCCACUGAUGCACAAUUUAAACUCCAGUCAUGUUUACACUCCAGCGUUGUCCAAAUAGGAGCUAUUGUUCCAGUUCAUUGCAUUAGUUCUUUGGCUCUGAAAUUAUUGUGUUUAAUCAGCAGAACUCCAGCAGAUCUAGGGUUUUUAAUUAGUGCUGAGAGAAAAUAGCAAGUUACUCACAGGCCUUCCUCUGACACAAUUGGGCCUGGUGGUUAACUGCUUUGUACAGGCUGGCAUUGGUUUUCCAGUGCAUGGUGUGAGCCAGAGUCAGGAUCUGUAUGGAAUUCCUAGGGUUCACCGGGAGGAUAAUUCCCCAUUCCAGCAUUCCAGGACGUUCUCUGUGGAACCCACUGCUGACAACCCAAAGCAAUGCUGUGCUUUUAUUCCCAUUUUAUGCCCCACUGCCUCUCCUCCAGCCCCACCCCACCAAACACCUCCACCUGAGUGAUUCCCCUCAUCUGGAAGGGAGGAUCGAUUUUCACUGACUGAGGGCUUUCUUGUCCUGACACUUGAACCUGUACUGCUGGAGCUUUUUGAUUUGUGCCCCCUCCACCUCAUAUCUUAUCACCGAGGCACACUGACAGAGGCAGUGUUGGGUGUGCUCCACUGUUUCCCGUUCUCACUCUGAAGAGGGAGCUGCAGGCGUGGUAAGUCCUCGCUGAAAUCUGCUCACAAUAUUACAUCAUAUGUCUUUCCAAUCUGCUCCUGCUCCAUUCUGUACUGGCAGAAGCUGGUGUGCGUGUGUGUCUGUGCUGCUUGGUUGCAAACCGUACUACAUUGCAGAGUAUAUUGCUGUUGGAUUCUAAAGGAAAAUACUGUGGGAAACUCCUACAAGAUUUCUGGCAGUAAACAGUUCCCCGUCCAUCCAUCCCGAGGAUCUUUGCAGUUUAUUCACAUCCAGAUUGGCCUAAAGCAUGGAGGCUGGAGUCAUCCAGAAUGUCAAAAGCUGUACCAAGGAACAGCAGCAAAGGGCAGCCAUGCACAUUGCUAGACACAAAAUUGACACACAUUACAUGUAAUUGGUUAACAGUGUGUGUGGGCUUCAGUAGCCCAGUUCCCUCAGUUUAGAUUUAAAUCCAGUUCUUCUUGAUGCCUAGUCUCCAUUUUAUGAUAAAGUUGACAGCCCAAGUUUAUUGAGUAUAAUAAAAAAAAGGGGGAAGCAGCUUUCCUUUAAUUCCCUUUUUUUUUAUAACAAAUGGUUAAUAUUCUGGGAUAAGCUUCACAGAUUGAACAACCCUUCAUGAUCACUGUCAAAUCCAAAGCAUUAGGUGACUUCUGAGUCAUAAACAUAAAAUAGUACAGGCCCUUUGGCCCACAGAGUUGUGCUGAACAUGUCCCUACCUUAGAAAUUAAUAGGCUUACCUAUAGUCCUCUAUUUUUCUAAGCUUCAUGUACCUAUCCAAAAGUCUCUUAAAAGACCCUAUCAUAUCCGCCUCCACCAAAACUGCCAGCAGCCCAUUCCACGCACUCACCACUCUCUGCAUAAAAAAAUUUACCCCUGACAUCUCCUCUGUACCUAUUCCCCAGCACCUUAAACCUGUGUCCUCUUUUGGCAACCAGUUCAGCCCUGGGAAAAAGCCUCUGACUAUCCACACGAUUAAUGCCUCUCAUCAUCUUACACACCUCUAUCAGGUCACCUCUCACCCUCCGUCGCUCCAAGGAGAAAAGGCCAAGUUCACUCAACCUGUUUUCAUAAGGCAUGCUCCCCAAGCCAGUCAACAUCCUUGUAAAUCUCAUCUGCACCCUUUCUGUGGCUUCCACAUCCUUCCUGUAGUGAGGCGACCAGAACUGAGCACAGUACUCCAAGUGGGGUCUGAACAGGGUCCUAUAUAGCUGCAACAUUACCUCUCAGCUCCUAAAUUCAAUUGCAUGAUUAGUGAAGGCCAAUACACCAUAUGCCUUCUUAACCACAGAGUCAACCUGCGCUGCUGCUUUGAGUGUUCUGUGGACUCAGACCCCAAGAUCCCUCUGAUCCUCCACACUACCAAGAGUCUUACCAUUAAUACUAUAUUCUGCCAUCAUAUUUGACUUACCAAAAUGAACCACCACGCUUAUCUGGGUUGAACUCCAUCUGCCACUUCUCAGCCCAGUUUUGCAUCCUAUCAAUGUCCCGCUGUAACCUCUGACAGCCCUCCACCCAAUCCACACCUCCAACCUUUGUGUCAUCAGCAAACUUACCCAUCCCUCCACUUCCUCAUCCAGGUCAUUUAUAAAAAUCAUGAAGAGUAGGGGUCCCAGAACAAAUCCCUGAGGCACACCACUGGUGACCGACCUCCAUGCAGAAUAUGACGCUCUUAAACCACUCUUUGCCUUAUGUGGGCAUGCCAGUUCUGGAUCCACAAAGUGACAUACCCUUGGAUCCCAUGCCUCCUUACGUUCUCAAUGACUCCUUUCUUGCAUGGGGUACCUUAUCAAAUGCCUUGCUGAAAUCCAUAUACACUACAUCUACUGCUGUUCCUUCUUCAAUGUAGUUAGUCACAUCCUCAAAAAAUUCAAUCAGGCUCAUAAGGCACGACCUGCCCUUGACAAAGCCAUGCUGACUAUUCCUUAUCAUAUUAUACCUCUCUAAAUGUUCAUAAAUCCUGCCUCUCAGGAUCUUCUCCAUCAACUUACCAACCACUGAAGUAAGACUCACUGUUCUAUAAUUUCCUGGGCUAUCUCUACUCCCUUUCUUGAAUAAAGGAACAACAUCUGCAACCCUCCAAUCCUCCAGAACCUCUCCCAUCCCCAUUGAUGAUUCAAAGAUCAUCGCCAGAGGCUCAGCAAUCUCCUCCCUCGCCUCCCACAGUAGCCUGGGGUACAUCUCAUCCAGUCCCGGCAACUUAUCCAACUUGAUGCUUUCCAAAAGCUCCAGCACAUCCUCUUUCUUAAUAUCUACAUGCUCAAGCUUUUCAGUCUGAUGCAGGUCAUCACUACAAUCACCAAGAUCCUUUUCCAUAGUGAAUACUGAAGUAAAGUAUUCAUUAAGUACCUCUGCUAUUUCCUCCAGUUCCAUACACACUUUCCCACUGUCACACUUGAUAGGUUCUAUUAUUUCACGUCUCAUCCUCUUGCUCUUCACAUACUUGUAGAAUGCCUUGGGUUUCCUGCCCUCCAUAACCCCUUUGGGCUCUCCUAAUUUCCUUUUUAAGCUCCUUCCUGUUAGCCUUAUAAUCUUCUAGAUUUUUAACAUUACCUAGCUCUCUAAACCUUUCGUAAGCUUUUUCUUUUCUUCUUGACUAGAUUUUUAUUACAGCCUUUGUACACCACAGUUCCGGUACUCUACCAUAACUUCCCUGUCUCAUUGGAACGUACCUAUGUGGAACUCCACACAAAUAUCCCCUGAACAUUUGCCAUAUUUCUUCCAUACUUUUCCCUGAGAACAUCUGUUCCCAAUUUAAGCUUCCAAUUUCCUGCCUGAUAGCCUCGUAAUUCCUCUUACUCCAAUUAAAUGCUUUUCUAACUUGUCUGUUCCUAUUUCUCUCCAAUGCUAUUGUAAAGGAGGUAGAAUUAUGAUCACUAUCUCCAAAAUGCUCUCCCAUUGAGAGAUCUGAUACCUGACCAGGUUCAUUUCCCAAUACCAAAUCAAGUACAGCCUCUCCUCUUGUAGGCUUAUCUACAUAUUGUGUCAAGAAACCUUCCUGAACGCACCUAACAAACUCCACCCCAUCUAAACCCCUUGCUCUAGAGAGAUGCCAAUGGACAUUUGGGAAAUUAAAAUCUCUCAUCACAACAACUCUGUUAUUAUUGCACCUUUCCAGGAUCUGUUUCCCUAUCUGCUCCUCGAUAUCCCUGUUACUAUUGGGUGGCCUAUAAAAAAUACCCAGUAAAGUUAUUGACCCCUUCCUGUUCCUAACCUCCACCCACAGAGACUCCGUAGACAAUCCCUCCAUGAUGUCCACCUUUUCUGCAGCCGUGACACUAUCUCUGAUCGACAGUGUAAUGCCCCCACCUAUUUUGCCUCCCUCCUUGUUCUUUCUGAAACAUCUAAAACCCGGCACUUGAAGUAACCAUUCCUGUCCCUGAGCCAUCCAAGUCUCUAAUGGCCACCACAUCAUAGCUCCAAGUACUGAUCCACGCUCUAAGCUCAUCCACUUUGCUCACACUACGCCUUGCGUUAAAGUAGACGCAUCUCAAACCAUCUGUUUCAGCGCGUCCCUUCUCUAUUACCUGCCUACCCUCUCUCACACACUGUCUCCUAGCUUUCUCCAUUUGUGAGCCAACCGCUUCUUCCCCAGUUUCUUCAGUUCAGUUCCCACCCCCCAAUAAUUCUAGUUUAAACUCUCCCCAGUAGCCUUAGAAAACCUCUCCGCCAGGAUAUUGGUCACCCUGCGAUUCAAGUGCAACCCGUCCUUUUUGUACAGGUCACACCUGCCCCAAAAAAGGUCCCAAUGAUCCAAAAAUCUGAAUCCCUGCCCCCUGCUCCAAUCCCCCAGCCACGCAUUUAUCCUCCACCUCAUUCCAUUCCUCCUCUCACUGUCGCGUGGCACAGGCAGUAAUCCUAAGAUUACUACCUUUGUGGUCCUGCUUCUCAACUUCCUUCCUAACUCCCUGUAGUCUGUUUUCAGGACCUCUUCCCUUUUUCUGCCUAUGUCAUUGGUACCAAUAUGUACCAUGACCUCUGGCUGUUCUCCCUCCCACUUCAGGAUAUCGUGGAUGCGAUGUGAAACAUCCCUAACCCUGGCACCUGGGAGGCAAACUACCAUCCGCAUUUCUUUCCUGCGUCCACAGAACCGCCUGUCUGACCCCCUAACUAUAGAGUCCCCUAUCACUACUGGCUUUCUGUUCCUUUCCCUACCCUUCUGAGCUACAGGGCCGGACUCUGUGCCAGAGGCAUGGCACUGCUGCUUCCCCCAGGUAGGCUGUCCCCGCCCCCCCCAAUAGUACUCAGGAGUACUUAUUGUCAAGGGGUACAGCCACAGGGGUACUCUCUAGUACCUGACCCUUCCCCUUCCCUCUCCUGACUGUGACCCACUUGUCUGUCUCCCGUGGCCCGGUGUGACCAUCUGCCUAUAACUCCUUUCUCUCACCUCCUCGUUCUCCCUGACCAGACGAAGGUCAUCGAGCUGCAACUCCAGUUCCCUAACUCGGUCCCUUAGGAGCUGCAGCUUGACACAUCGGGUGCAGAUAUGGCCGUCUGGAAGGCUGGGAGACUCCAGGACCUCCCACAUCUGACACCAAGCACAGAAAACCGGCCUCACACGCAUACUUUCUUUCCGCAAUGAAGACAGGUAAACCUACCUCGCCUCGUUACUGCCUAAGCCCAUUGAGCCAAAGCCCUACCACUCUGCUACCUCUCACUUCACUGCCCGCUGGAUAUGAUGGUCUUUUUAAACUUUUUCUGCUCUGCUGGCUGACGUCACACACCUGCGCAGUCUUGCAUCUCUUUUACCCUGAGUAGUAAAACUGCCUUUGCUCCGGAAAUCCUUAACCAUUCCUGUCACAGCCUUCUUGCUCCGAAUCUUUAACCUACUUCAAGAUAAAUCCUUCCCUCUUAUAUAACUCUCCACUUUCCUGUCAUCUAUUUGCCUACUUAAGAGUUUCUUAAAUGCCCCUAAUGUAUCUGCCUCUACCACCAAGCUUGGCAGGUGUUUCACACACCCACCAUUCUCUGUGUAAAGAAAUUAACCUUUGAUAUCACCCCCAUACAUUCCUCCAAUCACCUUAAAAUUAUUCCCCCUCCCUGCACCUCCACCUUCCAAGCACUUGCUGUAAUUCUCCCGCCAAGUCCGGACUCAUUGUAUGAAAACUGUUUUAUCCCUCUGAGCCAUUGGCCCAACUCCUUGUAUUUCUUUUUUUUUCUCAAAAUAGUCUCUAAGCACCCCCCCCCCCCCCGCCGCACACCGUCGAUUAUUGGUCGGACAAUCUGUACACAUAACACAGCCGCAUUAACCAAGUCAUCGGUCCAGCAUUCCAGGAACUCCACUGUAAGAUGUCUCCAAAUGGAAGCAGUGUGUAAAAGCAGCGCAUUGCCAGUGGUGCUUCGUCAUUGAAUUAUUUUCACACUUCAACAACAUCCAAGCAGCUUAUUUGGAUUGCGAUUGUCGGAUUACUGGGGGUCUACAUGUUCAGCAUUGCUGUUUCGUAAUCCCCGAGUUUCUGGUUUGUUUAGGGAUUCCAGCCCUAAAGAGUGCCAAGCCUAAAUAUAAACGUAUUCCUAAUCGUGCUUUAUAAACUGCGCCAGAAUUUACAGUACCUGGAAUCAGUUUAUCUGCUGUUACACUAACCUGGAAUGUAUCUGUAAGGAACUGUUAGCUGUUGGUUGUUUCUCUGUGUAAAUACGUACAUGAUGGAUACUGUCCGAAUAAAUGAUUUUGUUUAAUAUUACCUCAUUUUGGCAGUUCUUGUUUUGCAAUGACUAGAUGCUUUAUUUAUAUGUUUCUAACAAAAAAAGCUGUGUGCUGUUGCCUGUAUUUUACCAGUGGAGUUUAUUAGGCUGAGUUAUGAUUGACCAUACCAGUAUGUAUUAUGAUUUUGUAGGUCAACUGUACAGUACUCUGUUAAAGACUGUAAAGUAAUGCAAGGAGACAAAUCUCUGUAAUUGUAAAAUGUCUCUUUUCAAUA